CUCUGUUCUUUGUACAGACGUGCUUUUCUUUUGCUUUUCUUUGUGAAUGGAUGGACGCGCUUUGGGAAAUUUACCGAUCGACAUACUUAUUACCGUGCGCUGGACCGCUGGCGCUGGUCACGCAGAAACACACGGUCACCGCCGUGUAUCUUAUCGGGGUCACUCACGGUCGGGCCGCGCUUUCGCUUUACGCCGGAAACGGCAAGUUUCCAAGCCCGGAAGGAGGCGCGGUGACCCAAACACGUCCCAGACCGGCAACGCAGCCGCCGCUUUUGUUUUCUUCCACGCGCACCGCAGCAGAGGAUCGGUGACUGGCUUGCUUUCCGGUCGGGCGUGACGGGCGGACCGGUCGCCGUAUUAGCUGACUGAACUGCUACUGCUACAGUCACACGGUACACUGGAGGGGGUCGGGAUCGCUGCCUCGUGGAAGCAGCAGGGUAGUCAAAAAAGCUAUAGUCGCCGCCGAAGCUUCCCGGAAUUUGCACCGCAUUUCGUCUGUACGGCGGCGCGUGGCCACGGACUAUCACUAGAGGAGAGGAGAGCACACCCGAGUUCACAGUUUCAGUCUCAGUUGUUACAGCCUUUGCCUGGAAGGACCAAGAAGAAGAAGAACAGUAUACGUGCCACACAAGGUACUUUAGAAUGCUUCUCCUGCUACGAUCGAGCCCCUUUUGCCGGCACCACGGACUGACUUGCUGCUCGAUCCCUUCUUCUUCUAGCCAAGAGAAGAUGGGGCGCGGGAGGACGGAGAUGAAGAAGAUCCAGAACGAUGUGUCACGGCGGGCCACCUUCGGCAAGCGCCGCCGCGGCCUGCUGAAGAAGGCGCACGAGCUCGCCGUACUCUGCGGCGUCGACCUCGGCCUCCUCGUCUUCGACGACGACGGCGCCGGCAAGCUGUUCGACUACUGCGCCCCUAACACAAGCUGGAGCGAGCUAAUUGAGCGCUACGAGAGCAUCACCAAACACCAGUUCCAGUUCCAGGGCCAGGGGAUACAUCAUGAUGAUCAUCAGCAACCGUCGGCGGAUAUCAUCGCAGGGCUGAGGCGUGAGGGUGACCAUCUGGAGGCCAGCGUGACGAGGCAGACCGGAGAAAACCUGUCAUCCACUGCGACGGCGGCGGAACUCGACGAACUGGAGCAGCGGCUGGAGUGCGUGCUGGGUAAAGUCCGUGAAACGAAGGACAAGUUGCUGGAGCAGCAGUUGGGCGAAUCACACCACAAGGUGCACAUCUUGGAGGACCAGAACAGCUUCCUUCGCCGCCUGAUGGGCGAGGAGGGGCAGCAACGUGCUGCUGUGGAGGCGUCCGCGGUGCCGCCGAAGCUACCGGAGGUGGAGGAGGAGGAAUUGACGACGCUGCGGCUGUGGCCGCGGCAGCUCCCCGACGUGUAAGGCAUAGGCCUCAAGCCCAGCCUGCAACUCUCCAUACUUGAGUUGCCUGUGUGCAUGUGGCUGCGGGUUGCUUGGAUCGAUCACGCCUUAUUUUCAGGAAGUCCUUUGUGAUAGUUGAUAACCUCGGGACGAGACUUGAGGAACCGGUAGAACUCCUCGUCCGGCGGAGAUACUCCACGUAGCCUCGCCCGCUCUUGAGGUGUAAAGUCUGCAAAAAAGCCGUAUUUCUUUUGCACAGACGAGGAGUGGUGUGAGUCGAGUUCCUCGACUCUGGCCUUGAACAGUUGAAACCGCAUGGCCUUCUCUUCC